CCCGAUUUCUCAAUCACGAAAUUCUAGUUGUGCAAAGAUCUGAGAGGGGGCUCAAUUUUAACUUCAACCCUUCCACAAUCUUACUAACCUCACAGCAAAUCUUCGACCAUCAUCGACAACCGCAUUCAAGAUGGUCAACCUUCGCACUCAGAAGCGCCUCGCUGCGUCCGUCAUCGGAUGUGGUAAGCGCAAGAUCUGGCUCGACCCCAACGAGGUUAACGAGAUUUCCAACGCCAACUCCCGCCAGACCAUCCGAAAACUCGUCAGCGAUGGCCUCAUCAUUCGCAAGCCCGUCACCAUGCACUCCCGAUCCCGCGCACGUGAGCUGAACCUUUCCCGACGAGAUGGCCGACACCGAGGCUUCGGUAAGCGAAAGGGUACCGCCGAUGCUCGUAUGCCUGAACAAGUUCUAUGGAUGCGACGUCUUCGAGUUCUCCGACGUCUCUUGGUCAAGUACCGUGCCAGUGGCAAAAUCGACAAGCACCUUUACCACGAGCUGUACCACUCCAGCAAGGGUAACACCUUCAAGCACAAGCGCGCCUUGGUUGAGCACAUCCACCGUGCUAAGGCUGAGAAGGCCCGUGAGCGUGCUCUCCAGGAAGAGAUGGACGCCAAGAGACAGAAGAACAAGGCUGCUCGUGAGCGUAAGCUGGAGAGACAGGCGGCGAAGCGAAGCGCGAUGGCGGGUGACGAGGAGGAGGCAUAAAUUACGGACUAUGGGAUGCGAUGAAAUAUGCACACGGUCGAGCUACAUAGAAGAGCUAGGAGUGUGGUCAUAUGAACUAGUGGAAUCUGAGACGGCUGCAUUCGGCGUAUAUGGUUGGGUCUCUAUUUCCUUGCGCCCAUCGGUCGUAAUGCUUCCACCGCCGGGCUUUGCAUGUAUGGCACUGAAAACGGAAUCAAUGAUCUUUGACGCCUGAUAUUCUUGUUUGUGCCCUUGUCGAUCUUAAAGAGUCUUGGGACAGUGACUUCACUGCUUCGAUGAAAUUCGCCAAUUGCUAAGGUCGAGGUCGCCAACUCG